AUGUUAAGAAACACUUUCCUAAAAAACUCUGUUAUUUCAACUAGAAGAUUUUUAGCUACCUCUGUCAAAAAGCAACCAAGCAUUGGUAGAUUUACUGGUAAACCAGAUCCAUUGACUGGUAAAUACACUGUUUCUUUCAUUGAAGGUGACGGUAUCGGUCCUGAAAUUUCACAAUCUGUCAAAGAUAUUUUUGCUGCAGCUAACGUCCCCAUCACCUGGGAAUUCUGUGAUGUUUCUCCAAUUUUUGUUAACGGAUUGACUACUAUCCCAGAUCCUGCAGUUCAAUCUAUCAAUAAGAAUUUGGUUGCCUUAAAGGGGCCACUAGCUACUCCAAUCGGUAAAGGUCACAGAUCCUUGAACUUAACUCUAAGGAAAACCUUUAACCUUUUCGCUAACGUUAGACCAGCGAAAUCAAUUAAAGGUUUCAAGACUACAUAUGAAAAUGUCGAUUUGGUUCUUAUUCGAGAAAAUACAGAAGGUGAAUAUUCCGGUAUCGAACAUGUCGUAGCACCAGGUGUUGUCCAGUCUAUCAAACUGAUUACUCGUGAUGCCUCUGAAAGAGUUAUCAGAUAUGCUUUCGAAUAUGCUAAAGCCAUUGGUAGGCCAAGAGUCGUCGUAGUUCACAAAUCUACUAUUCAAAGAUUAGCUGAUGGUCUUUUUGUUAAUGUUGCCAAGGAACUAAGUGAACAAUAUCCAGACAUUAAAUUAGAGACUGAAUUGAUUGAUAAUACUGUCUUGAAGUGCGUUAUGCAACCAGAUGCUUAUAGCGAUGCUGUCGCUGUGUGUCCAAACUUAUAUGGUGACAUUUUAUCCGAUUUAAAUUCUGGUUUGAGUGCUGGUUCCUUAGGUUUAACUCCAUCAGCUAAUAUUGGUAACGAAGUUUCCAUCUUUGAAGCAGUCCAUGGGUCUGCCCCAGAUAUUGCCGGUCAAAAUAAGGCUAACCCAACUGCUUUACUUUUAUCAUCUGUUAUGAUGUUAGAACAUAUGGGUUUGAACGAGCAUGCCUCUAAAAUCCAUAAUGCUGUCUUAAAUACAAUUGCUUCAAGUCCCGAAAAUAGAACUGGUGAUUUAGGUGGUACUGCAACAACCUCCUCAUUCACCGAGGCUGUUAUUAAGAAUUUGUAA